UGCAAGGUAGGCUCAGUUAUAGCUGAUGAAUUUGGGAAUAUGAUAGCUUCAUUAUUCUAGUUAAAAUGGUAGUGUGUGUCAUUUACAGUAUAUUAUAGUUAAUAACAAAUGUUGUUCUCUUCUUCAGGUGCCUCUGCUGCCGUGGAGGUCCAGCCCUCCAUCAACCCUGCUGUAGUCGGCGACUCUGUGACGCUGUCUCUGUCUCCUUCGACGACUCUGAAUAGUGGAAGCUGGGCAGUGGGAGAGUCCCUCAUCCUCAACUGGCUGGGGCGCCAGCAGGCAGUCUUCCCGAGUCACAGCGGCAGGGCGUCAGUCAACGUCCUCACUGGAGCUCUCACCCUGAGCUCUGUCACGGUGGCUGACUCGGGAGUCUACGUUGUGCAGAGCACUGACCCCCAGCUGAAGGCCAGUGCUUCCAUCACUGUUCUGGAGCCCAUCUCAAAUGUGACGUUAAGAACCAAUCAAACCAACCUGAUGGAGUUCAACAGUUCAGCGGUCGUCAGGUGCUCCGUCUCCUCUGGAUCCUCCAUGUCUUUCAUCUGGAUGAACGACAGCUCUGAGGUUACAGCCAGUGAUAGAGUUCAGCUCACUGAUGGAAACUCCACGCUCACUAUAGUCAAUGUGACCCGCUACGACCAGGGACCAUUCAGGUGUCAUGUGUUCAAUCCCAUCAGUAAUGGAACCAGUGAUCCAGUAAACUUUACUAUCAGCUAUGGUCCAGAAAACAUGGCGCUAACAGUGAAUGGACAGAACACAACGUCCUUUCCCAUUGGAUCCAAUCUGACCAUGCUCUGUUCAGCUGAGUCCGAUCCUCCAGCUCAGCUUCAGUGGGCUUUCAGAGGAGAGCUUGUGAAAACUACGGGUCCAUUGUUGGAGCUGUUCAAUGUUGGCGAGGACCAAAGCGGUCCAUAUUCCUGUCUGGCCUUCAACACUCACACCAACAUGAACAGCAAUAUCACCGCACACAUCAUGAUAGGAAAGUCUUCAGGGUCUGAACAACAGGCAGUCAAUGUGUGGCUCCUGCCGCUGCUACUGUUGGUUGGGUUCCUCUCCUCAUUGCCAGGCAAGUUGUAGAAUAACGUCUUCUUGUCAUUCAUUCACACGCUUCAAAAUAAUAUUCUAAUUUAUGGAUUGACAUUAAAGAGGACCUAUUAUGCUUUCACAGUUUUUCCCUCUCCUUCAGUGUGUUCUAUAGUUUUUUUGUGCAUGUAAAAAGUUUGCAAAGUUACAAAGCCCAAAGUCCACGCCAAAG